CGUCAACUUCCAGGUUGCAACUGCUAGUGCGUCGUCUGCACGAGAUCCGCCUCGCCCCAAGCGCAUCCCAACGCGGCGUGCUUAUAUGUCGCUCUUCCCUCUCACGUACCUCGCAAGUACCUGUCUCAUCUGGCACCCGCCUUCUCCAUCCCUCUUCUUCAGUACUUAAUCUGCCCCGGUCCCCCGCAGUUCAUCCUGUCUCUCAGACCUUGGAUCGUCUGUUGGUCUUUUCGCUUAUUGUCCGUACCCCCAUCCAUAUUUAUUCCUGCCUGGGCCCCCAGACAGCAUUUUCUCUUUCCCUCCCUCUUUAGCCAUCCAAACAGCUUGAGAAGCGAAAAUCAAGCCACUGUCGACAAAGGCCUUCAACAAGGCCUCUUUACCACCCAACAUGGACUCGCAAUACGAGACAAAAAAGAAUGACCCAAACGCCAUCAUGCCGUACCCAGAGUCAAACGAUGAGCAUGUUGGCGAGGUCCGCGGCUUGGGCGGCGGCAUCAUGGACAAGGAGCCUGAGGCCCAGGAGGGCCAUGCCAAGUUCCACCGUCUCGGCUGGAAACGUCUGACGGUCGUCCUCAUCGUCGAGGCCAUUGCCCUCGGCUCUCUCUCGCUUCCCGGCGCCUUCGCUACCCUUGGCAUGGUGCCUGGUGUUAUUCUCUCUGUCGGCAUGGGACUCAUCUGCAUCUACACGGCUCACGUUAUCGGACAAACCAAGCUCAAGCACCCUGAAAUCGCCCACUAUGCCGACGUUGGUCGUGUCAUGUUUGGAAGAUGGGGAUAUGAAAUCAUCAGCUUCAUGUUUGUUCUGCAACUGAUCUUCAUCGUCGGCUCCCACGUCCUCACUGGCACCAUCAUGUGGGGCACCAUCACGGAUAACGGCAACGGUACCUGCUCUCUCGUCUUCGGCAUUGUCUCCGCCAUCAUUCUCUUCCUCCUUGCCAUUCCUCCCAGUUUCGCCGAGGUUGCCAUCCUUGGAUACAUCGAUUUCGUCUCCAUCUGCGCCGCCAUCCUCAUCACCAUGAUUGCUACUGGCAUUCGCUCGAGCCACCAGGAGGGUGGUCUCGCUGCUGUUCCCUGGUCUUGCUGGCCCAAGGAGGACCUUAGCCUUGCUGAGGGCUUCAUUGCUGUCAGCAACAUCGUUUUCGCCUACAGCUUCGCCAUGUGCCAGUUCAGCUUUAUGGAUGAGAUGCACACCCCCUCCGACUACAAGAAGUCCAUCGUUGCUCUCGGCUUGAUUGAAAUCUUCAUCUACACCGUUACUGGUGGCGUCGUUUACGCUUUCGUCGGCCCCGAGGUCCAGUCUCCUGCCUUGCUCUCUGCUGGCCCUCUUCUCGCCAAGGUUGCUUUCGGCAUUGCCCUCCCCGUCAUCUUCAUCUCUGGCAGUAUCAACACUGUUGUCGUCAGCAGGUAUCUGAUUGAGCGCAUCUGGCCCAACAACGUCAUUCGCUAUGUCAACACCCCAGCGGGUUGGAUGGUUUGGCUUGGUUUUGACUUUGGCAUUACCCUCAUUGCCUGGGUUAUUGCUGAGGCCAUCCCUUUCUUCUCUGAUCUGUUGGCCAUCUGCUCGGCUCUCUUCAUUUCCGGUUUUAGCUUCUAUUUCCCUGCCUUGAUGUAUUUCAAGAUCACCAGGAACGAUGCCAAGAGCCAGGGCAAGAAGUACUUCUUGGAUGCCCUCAACAUGCUCUGCUUCGUCAUCGGCAUGGGCAUUCUUGGUAUUGGUACCUACGCCGCUAUUCAGGACAUUAUGGACCGUUACGACCAUGGCAAGGUUUCGAAGCCUUAUAGCUGUGCUCCCUUGGCUUAAUCAGGCCCAACGCACGCUUAUGAUCCUGUUGUUUUUUUUUGGAUGAUUUAAUUAAAGUUGCGCAGUGAUUGACGUCUGUCUUCACCCGCGAUUGCCCCUUUUGUAUACCCCCUCAGACUUGCCGGCCUGGGGAAAUGUUUUGAGUAUUUCUAUUUUCGGAGUUUCAGGAUUUGGCACAAAGCAAACCAGCGCGGAGUUGAAACCGUGGUGUGGUCGCGGUGCGCUGCUGCAUUGGUAGUGCUUUUUCCAGGUUUUUGUUUGGUGGUUUGGAUGCGUGCACCACUUUUUUUUUUAACGUUUUAUGCAUGCAUGUAUUAUAUGGGAAAGUCAUGGGACAUGGCAACUAUACGAACGACGCAAAGAUAGGAUGGGAUGGAUGAUGGAUGGACGUACGAUCCAACGCACUGGGGGACUGGACUGAACGGAAUUGGGACGGACGGGACAGGUAACCUAGGUACCUAAUGACCGGAAUAUGUUUACAAAUCAUUGUUUAGUGCGGGUGACCGGCAAUAGAGACGAUGGGCACAGGAAUAUCGAUAGAUGCUACCUAUACUCUAAAGAACUCUAUAGGUAUAAUAUUCGCUGAACAUACCUUGCCCAAAAAACAAGAGAACACCC